CGGAGGAGCCAAACGGAGGAAGAGCGUUCCGGAAUAAAAACGAUGAGAGCGCUGCUCACUGCCGCCAAGUAACGCGCACACGCACAAACACGCACACACCCUACCGACCACGAGCGGAGACGCAGAGCACCGGCACCUUGAUUUACCGAUUGCAGCGACAGCAGAGAGACGGACGGAGCAGCACCGAGGCCCCGCUCAAGAAACGGAAGACCGCGUUGCUUUUGCGAGUUGCUUUUGCGCUGCGGACCGAAAAACCGAGCGGAUCCUUCGUUUGAACGCGUUAACGGCGCCGUGCUCCCGGUUUGAGAGGCACACGGAACACAACCGCGGCAGAAGAGACGGGAGGAACACAACCAACAACAACAAAAAAAGGAAGAGAUUUGCAACUAGCUUUGGUCCCGCGCGCGAGUCUCGUUGAAUCCCCAUUUUGUUGUAGUUUUUCCCCCCCGCGGGUCCCGGUACCGGUUAAGCUGUCAAGCUGUGUUCUCUAACGAUGGGAUGUACUCUGAGCGCAGAGGAGAGGGCGGCUCUGGACCGGAGCAAAGCCAUCGAGAAGAACCUCAAAGAGGACGGAGUCACCGCGGCCAAAGACGUCAAGCUGCUGCUGCUCGGGGCCGGAGAGUCAGGGAAAAGCACCAUCGUCAAACAGAUGAAGAUCAUCCAUGAGGACGGUUUCUCUGGCGAUGACGUAAAGCAGUACAAGCCUGUCGUUUACAGCAACACCAUCCAAUCUCUGGCUGCCAUCGUCCGUGCCAUGGAUACACUAGGCCUGGAAUAUGGAGACAAAGAACGGAAGGCGGAUGCUAAGAUGGUGUGCGACGUGGUCAGUCGCAUGGAGGACACAGAGCCUUACUCUGCCGAGCUGCUCUCCGCCAUGAUUCGCCUGUGGUCCGACUCAGCCAUCCAGGAGUGUUUCAGCCGAGCCCGCGAGUACCAGCUCAAUGACUCAGCGCAGUACUACCUAGACAGCCUAGAUCGGAUUGGUGCCACGGACUACCAGCCCACGGAGCAGGACAUCCUGAGGACCCGAGUGAAGACCACUGGCAUCGUCGAGACACACUUUACCUUCAAAAACCUCCACUUCAGGCUGUUUGAUGUAGGAGGUCAGAGGUCGGAGAGGAAGAAGUGGAUCCACUGUUUUGAGGAUGUCACCGCUAUUAUUUUCUGUGUGGCGCUCAGCGGAUACGACCAGGUGCUGCAUGAGGACGAGACCACGAAUCGCAUGCACGAGUCUCUGAUGCUCUUCGACUCGAUCUGCAACAACAAGUUCUUCAUCGACACCUCCAUCAUCCUCUUCCUAAACAAGAAGGAUCUGUUUGCAGAGAAGAUCAAGAAGUCCGCGCUCAGCAUCUGCUUCCCAGAAUACACAGGACCCAAUACUUACGACGACGCAGCAGCUUACAUCCAAGCACAGUUCGAGAGCAAGAAUCGCUCCCCAAACAAGGAAAUCUACUGUCACUUGACCUGCGCCACGGAUACAGGAAACAUCCAGGUGGUGUUCGAUGCCGUCACCGACAUCAUCAUCGCCAACAACCUGCGAGGGUGUGGCUUGUAUUGAGCCCGCCCACACACCCCGCAAUGUCUUCCCCAUUUUGUCCCCUGUCCUCCCUCGCCCCACCUGUCCUCCUCCCACCUCGCUCCUGUUCCUUUGACACUGCUGUGGAAAUGGUUAUGACGAUAAUGAUUCUGCUGAUUAUUUAAAGAAAAAAUGAAAAAUGCAACUAGGUACAUAUUAAUAAUGAGGAUAAUAAAAAAUAGGCAUAUAUAUAUGUAGAAAUAUAUAUAUAUAUGUUUUUAGUUUUUGUCUCUUCUCGUCACGCUCUGACUUCUCGUCCUAACGGUCUUCGGCCUGCUGCCAAGCAAACAAAUUUGUUUCAGUAGAAAACACAAACCUGAAGCCUUGAAAACUUCUUGAACAAAGUCAAUGAAUGCCUGCUUUCCCCGUCCUCUUGCUGUUUUUCUUUCUCAGUUGUGUCUUUUGUUGGUAACAAAAACAAAGCCAGACUUUUUUUAUUAUUGGUAUGAAUAUGAAUUAUGUUUCCAUUUUGUUGAUCGUGCGUGUAUUUAUUACAUGGGUAUCAGUCUCUACACUGAUUGUUAUUCACAUUUUGCCUCACCUCGCCAUAUUUGUGUUUUACUUUGUUUGUUUUUUGCUGUAGUAGUAAUUGUGUAAUAACAUUAUUUGCGGAAAUAUGUGAAAAGGUCGGCAAAAAACCUUAAACUCUUUGAGACCUGCUGAAACUGACAACACUUAUUUUAACUUGAGUCUUUUGUUUACAUUAGCCAAGACAUUUUAAUAUGUUUGUUGUCAGUUUCCCUUUUUGUUUUCAAGUAGUAUUAUGUUACUCCCCACAAUCUGGUUUUUAUGAACAGGAAGUGAGCCUUCCUGUUUCCCCCAACCUAGCCUUAGCCCCUCGCCGACAUCCGGGCGUCGCCCAACCUAAGAGCCAAUAAGAAAUGUGCUAAACAUCCCAUCAGUGCCAUGCGACCGUGGUACUCUACUGUAGAUUGCUCGCUUUCAGAACCAGCGCUCAAACCUUCCUCACUGUUAAAACCUCUAAACCUACUAACAUUCUUUAUGCUAGGAAACUCAGUCGUGGUUUAAUGACGGUUGAUUCGUUUUGUUAAUUUAUUUAUUGAUUAAUCACCUGUCCUACACAUGACACGCUGUCUGAUUCUCUCUUCAUUUACACUGUGCCACCAAGCCUCUCCUUCUGUCGGCUCCCACCACCUCUUUGAUUUUUUGCCUUUUCUCUGCAUGGCGCCCUGCUGUUAUGAUUUCGUGUUCAAAAGGCAUCUCAUCUCCUCCCAACCUUUCCACCUCCCUUCCUCCUCUCCUCUUCUCACUAAAACCCUGUCACAGAUAGCUUGAGAUACUCAAGCCUUUGUACAAAGAGACUAGUUAAUUCAUACAAUGUUUUAAAAGAAGCUUCACGUAGAUGCUGUUGAGAUAAUAACUUCAAAGAAAUCAUUUUAAAAAAUAGCAAAAGAUAGAAAAAAACACACACAAAAAAGACCGUAGGAGAUUGAAAGCUGCAAGAGAAGGAGAGGAGUGAUCGGUUACUGGACCGGGUGGGGCAGGGUCAAACAAAAUAAAAAAUCAGUGGCAUUUUUAAAGGAUCGAAAGGUCAUGUGGGUGGUUUGGAGAAAAAAAGUGUAGAUUCUUGCGGUAACAAGUAGAACGACAAAAAUAUGAAUCCACACCUAAAUAGUUAAUGAAGCCAAUAAACGUGGGUUUUACAACAUCACAACAACUACGAUCAUUAUGAUCCUGUAAUAUUUUAAAGAGAAUCUUUCUUGUGCUUUGUAGCUACAAUACAUUUUUUUCUAAAUAUUCCCCUUUUUUAAGGUGAAGAUGUUUUGCAGAGGGUUGUAAUUCUGACAGCGAGCUGAUUUGGAUCCAUCCUGCCCCUGCGUUGGUGCAAUGCUCUGAACUGUGCCCCCGCCUCCCUCCUUUUACCCUUUUUGCCUGUUUCCCUGCAUCGGAACCGUGUCCUCACUUUAGCCUGACUCAGAACGAUUAAAUAUUAUAUAAUAACUAUUUUUAUUAUUUCAGAAACAAUGAACCACUUUUUUGGGGGAGAGCACAUUUCACACUGCACCUGCUAGUUAGGGACGCCGCACAUCGAUGCUGUAUAAAAUCAUGCUCCUUAUGCUUCUGUCUCUUUUCAGUUUGACAGACACCUUCCAGGUCUACAAUGAAAAGCACAGUUCUCACAUCACACACACUUGCUCGCACUUGAGCAUGAGUAGAUUUGGAAAUUUGUUAUCUGUUCAUACCUGAUCUUUGUUACCUCUCAUAAAUCUAUCAUCUAUCUAUACUAAACUCUUUCUUGCCUUCUUGAUUUAUAGUUUUUAAAAGACAAAACUACUGUGUAUAAUGACAUAUACCUGUUUCUUUGGCAUUCUGAUCCCGUUACCUUCAUUCUCUUUGUUUGAAUAGUUUAAACUCUUUGUUCUGUUCUUUACCCAGUGAAUGCUUUUUUCUGUGCCGCUUUCUCUCUCUCUCUCUCUCUCUCUCUCUCUCUCUCUCUCUCUCUCUCUCUCUCUCUCUCUCUCUCUCUCUCUACUCCUCUUCGUGAAUGGUUGUUAUUUCAUGUGGGAUGUCCGUACUGGAAAAACCAAUCGAAUGUAGUGUUUACAUUAAAAAGCCACUGUUUUCAUGACUACAAAAAAA